GUGCGGGAGAACGCCCGCAAGCACACAGCCCGUGUCCGACGUCCGCGUGACGAUCGGUUAUCGUUGUUGACGUUCGGCGCGCCGCAACGGGCCAGUCGCUCGUCGUCGCGCUCCGCAACAGGUGCCUAUCGCCGCGGUGCACUGCGAGCUUCCGGUGCCGCGCGCUCGAGACGGUCAAACGUUUCGACGAUCGAUUCGACGCCGCGCAACGCAUUCACCGCGGGACGUCAGCUCGCCAGUUGCACGCAAAACGCGCAUUACGGUUCAUCGAUCGCGCGCGCCCGUCGUCCGAUCACCGUCGUCCGGAUCUCGCGGGAUCGCGUCUCCGGUAUCUUUAAAUGACCAUUACUAAUGAAAGUAUUGAACCUCAAAAACAUAAAUGUGAAAACAUGGAGUUGAGUGAUAAUUCAAGAUCUCAAUAUACAAUAGGCAGCAAUGACUUUAUACUUGUAGACGAGAUCGGAGAAAAGCCAAAGAAAAAUAUGAAAGAAAAAUUUCAAGAGUUUUCUACGUUUUUGAAUAGUAACUCGAAAACCAUGUUCACGUACAAAACAAUCGCCAAAAGACUGCCAAUCUUGCAAUGGUGGCCAAAUUACACAUCUGAAGACUGCAUCGGAGACCUUUUGGCGGGAAUCACGGUCGGCCUGACGCUCAUACCUCAAUCGAUGGCCUAUUCUGCACUGGCUGGUCUGCCACCGCAACAAGGUCUUUACGGUUCGUUUAUCGGCAGUCUGAUGUACGUUUUCCUCGGGACCUGCAAAGAAGUACCGAUGGGACCAACAGCCAUCGUAUCGCUAAUGACGUACAACACCCUCCACGGACUCGGGCCUGUGUACGGCACUCUGCUGUGUUUCCUGACCGGAAUCAUACAGCUGUUCAUGGGCGUUGUGGGACUAGGCUUCUUGAUCGAUUUCAUUUCCGGGCCGGUCAACUCGGGGUUCACAUCGGCCGUCGCCAUACUCAUCGUCACGUCACAGAUAAAAGACUUGAUCGGCAUCAAAGCUGCGGGAACCACCAUGUCCGAUAUGAUCAUGUCGAUAUCCAAAGACAUAUGCAAUUUUAAACUAGGUGACACGUUGUUCGGACUAAUUUGCAUCAUUGUGAUCCUAUUGUUAAGAAGAAUAGCUCUGUGCCAAAUCGGACCGAAAGACAAUAAUUUACGUACCAAAUUUCAAAAAUGCAUGAACAGAUUUAUGUGGUUGAUUGGUACGUUCAGAAACUCAAUAGUUGUGAUCGUGGGCAGUUAUGUGAGUUAUUUAUACAUAAGUUCAGAGGGACACGACGUGACCUCUGACGACAUACCACCGAUACCAUUCAAAGUAGUCGGUAAGAUUCCAUCAGGUUUACCAGCAUUUGGUCUCCCACAGUUCAGUGUUACAUAUGAUAAUGGCACCACUACGGAAUUCUUCGAAAUGGUCUCGAAAAUAGGUUCUGGAGUUAUAGUUUUACCAAUAAUAGGGUUAAUAGAAACUAUUUCCAUAUGCAAAACAUUCGCCGACGGAAAACCUGUUGAUGCUACACAGGAGUUAUUGGCAACUGGCUUAUGCAAUAUCGGCAAUUCGUUUUUUCAUGCAUACCCUGGUUCGGGUUCUUUUUCAAGAAGUGCCGUGACUGCUGCUAGCGGAGUACGGACUCCAAUGGAAGGGUUGUACGCAGGCGUAUUGGUAAUCAUAGCUUUAUUGUUUUGUACGCCCUAUUUGUACUACAUACCAAAAUCGUCUCUCGCAGCGAUCAUUAUUGCUGCAGUGAUAUUCAUGGUCGAAGUGCGAGUGGUUAGACCAAUUUAUAGAUCAAAAAAAAGCGACCUUAUACCAGGCCUGGCGACGUUUUUCGCUUGUUUGGUUCUACCUCUAGAGAUAGGAGUUCUAAUAGGCAUCGGAUUGAAUUUAGUUUCGAUUUUGUACCACGCGGCUAGACCAAAACUGUUGAUCGAAGUUCACAAGACUCGUGAUGGUAUAAACUAUUUGAUGGUCACGCCCGACAGAUGCUUGGUUUUCCCAUCCGUCGAUUACGUGAGAAAUUUAGUUAUGAAGCAUAGCUUAAAACGAGAACUGCCCGUGGUCAUCGACUGUUCGCAUAUUUAUGGUGCGGACUUCACCGCGGCAAAGGUUAUCGAGAUGUUAACACAAGACUUUUCGAAAAGAGGUCAAGCUUUGUUUUUUUUUAAUUUAAAACCUAGCGUGGUGGCUGUUUUCGAAGGGGUUCAACCAAAAGGAUUCAUCACAUUUUAUCAUAGACAUGAUUUAGAUCACUUAUUCCAAAGAUGGAAAGAACAACGUCGACAAAUCGAAGACCAACAAGCUGAUUGAUCAACAAAGCUAGAAAACUAUAUUCAUUAAUUAUGUAUUAAACACUUAUAAGUAGAAAGAUCUUAUAAAAAUAAUAUUUAUAACUCAAAUAAU